UAAACAUAUUUUAUUUGCACAAUUCGCAGAAGUUAUUAGACACAAGCUAUAUUAACAUUAGUGACGUCCACUUCAAAUAGUUGUACAUUUUUUUCCAGUGGUUCGCAAUCAACAGAAAUCUUGGACUAUGUUGAACUGUUGGUAUAUGAUUGUUGUUGCCUUCAGCGUUUACCAUGUAUCGAAUGCAGGAAAACUCACUCGACAAUGUAAGGCAUUGAACGGAAAAUGUGGAAUAAACACAAAUUCAAGUUGUGAUGAAAUGUUUGGUCCAGGUUGGGUAGAAAUUGGUAAAUGCUGUAAUGCAAGACCGUGUUGUAAUAUAUUUCGAUGUGAAGACAUUCAACAGAUUCCUAACGGAGCAGUUACCAAAACUGGCACAACUAUUGGUUCUACUGCAACUUUUUCGUGCGACACUGGUUAUGUUUUACAUGGGACCCCGACAAUCACAUGUGCUGGAGGGGGAUGGAAUGAACACCUUCCAAUAUGUCAUGGUUGUCCAGACAUUAUUACUCACUUUAGUGGAUCAACUUACAUAAUAUCUUGUAAUACAAUUGAUCGCUGGUCUAAUGCAGAGGCUUACUGUGUAGAUCAUGGUGGACAUUUGGCAAGCAUUGAAACUGAAAAAGAAAACAAUUAUCUUAAACAUGUAGCUAAGUUAUUGCGAGGUAGCGCGUGGAUAGGCCUAUCGGAUAUUACCACUGAAGGAUCAUUUCAAUGGACUUCGGGUCAACAACUAACAUUCACUGAUUGGUAUCAAGGUCCACCCAACCAACCAGAUGGUAAAACUGAGAAUUUAUCACCUAAUGCGGACUGCGUUCUAUUACAUCAAUCGUAUUCAUGGCAAUGGACUGAUGAUUCAUGCGUGAAUGCACAUACCCGAGCAAUUUGUGAAAUUUGAUAACAGUAGAAGUUAUUGAUUGGGAACCACACAAUACGCAUUUAAGAACAUGCACUUGGUUUUUAUGAUACGAUUUAAUAAAAAAUUAU